AUGCCUGGAUCUAUCGGUCUCGGCCUCUCAAUCGCUCGGCCAAUCGACGUCGUCCAGGCGAAGCGCAUCAAGCAGGAGGACGGCUAUGUUGUCGGCACGCUAAACGGCAGACAAGCCCGACGCACGCUCGAAACCCUCUCCGACGAACUCCUCACUCGCAUCUUUCGGCACCUGUACAACUCGUACGCGGUCGAGAACCAAGGCGACCGACGCCUCGCCGAGAUCGAAAAGAUCGAGACGUUCAUUCCGAGCGGCAUCAUCGCGCCGUUGGGCUACACGACGCUCAACAAGCGCAUCUACCGCCUUACAUACGGUCUCUGGAUGAGCACGAUGACCAUCAACGAGGACGACGUCGUCCAGGAUCGCAUCAUGACCGGCAUCCUCACGCGCGGGCUCAAACCGGGAUGGCCAGCCACCCAGUACAUCACCGAAUUCAACGGCUACCUUUCCUCCUCCUCGCCUCGUCUUCAAUGCACCACCCUCAUGUUCUUGCGCAACCUGCGGCGCUUGACAAUCACCUGCUGGUCCAACGCGAACACCUCGGAGCCUCUCCCACCCGCCUUCCUCGCCGUCCUGCCGUCCUUCCAGCACCUCGAGUAUCUCCGCUUCCGCGAGUUCGACGGCAUCAAGGAAGGCUCGCCCAUAAUCCGCCUCGACCGGCACCUCCUCUCACUCCGGACGCUCGAAAUCGACGGCAUGGGCAUCCCGGUAGAGUGGCACGGCAGCCUCGGGCACCUCAAGCACCUCACGAUGCGCUACAAGUCGCGCAACGAGGUCACCGCUCACCCUGGGACCGGCAUUCCCUGGACGACGCUCGAGAGCCUCGUAGUGGACGUCAAGGACUUGUGGACGCUCAAAUUGUUGGAGGUCGAGGUGAUGGCAGCGGCGAUGUUGGAGACCCUCCCGCUCAAGCACCUCGAAUUCAACGUUCCCUACGUUCGCAAAGCCGACUUUGGCAAGCUCAACAGCACACUCGAGUCGCUCUUCUUCAACUUGCGCAAGACCCGCCUCGCGUCACUGCACAUCUCGCACUUCGACCGCUUGCCCGACGCGAUGUCGUUUGUUCUGUGCGGGGUCAAGACGCUCACGAUCGACAUGUCAGAGCCCAUCGUGGACGAGAACCGCGCCGCUCGCCUUGCGGCCUUCGUUCGCAGCUUCCCAGACGUGCGAGUCGUCCGCAUCGCCUACACCCACUGGAUCGACCACCCCCGCUGCCUCGAGGACUUCGUCUUCUUCGACGACGACGAAGACAUGCCCGCCUUCGACAGCGACCACACCGCCGAAUGCAUGUCCCUCCUCCCACCUCACAGAUUCGCCUUCGCCUACCCGCACUGGAUGUCGUUCUUGUUCGCGCUCCUUUGGACGGAAAUCAGGGAGGUGCGGUACCGAGCGAGGUUGGAAUCAGUUGAGAUGCGCUGGACGAGGGAGGGGUCGAGGGCACCGUUUGAGGCGGAGAAGUGGCAUGUCGGGUGA